UCAUUCAUUCCAUUUCACUCUUUGUUCAUAAUCUGCACUUGUCGAUUUUUGAACUAAAUGUCUGUGAUCUGUUCUAUCAGAUUUUCACUGGAAUGAUUGCCAUGUAAACUUGCAUGGGCAGUGAGAAAAUGAGUAAGUAUCUUUUUCUUCUUUCAGAAAUUUUUGUUUUUAGAGUUGAACAGCCGAAACUUUAUUCCCUUUUGACAAUUCAGUUUUGAUCAGUUCUGUAUUCUUCUCACAUGCUUUUAAACUUUCAAUUUUAUCUUUAUAUAAGUGUGCUUUAUAUUUUUCUAGGCAUUUCAGCAGCAAGUUUGGUGUAAAGAAAAUUGCAAAGGACAAGCAACAGUUAGGUUAGAACAUGUUUAUGAAAUGAUACAAGAAUACAGUUCUCAUUAACAAAUUUGUCUGGUUUGUAGAAUCUAUUAUGUUUUCUAUAUCAUCAGGGACCUCACUUCCUAUUCAACACAUAAAUUUUAAACCUUGUACCAGCUUGAGAAUAUCCUACAUCUUCAUCCAACCUGUUUGUCUCCAAAUGCAAAACCUUGAUGUCACCAAAGAAGAAAAAAAUUAAAAUCCAAAGAAACUAUUUGAGCUGGGAAAUGAAAGACUCGAAUAAAUAAGUGGUAAAGUGACGUAUAACUGAAAUUAUGCAUAAAGUAAAUGAAGUAUUUUACUGCUAAUGUAAGGAAUGAACAGGAUAAAGGAGAAAUGUUUUUAUUUUUUUAACUGUGAGAAAUGUAUAAACAAUAAAUUUUUGCCCUCGUUGACAAACAAUCCUGACUCUCUACCCACGUUAAAUAUAAAUUUGAGAAAUGUAUAAACAUUGCUUCAGUGUAUAUGUAUUAUUGUGAAUUUUUUAAAUCCAGUUAGUGAAUAUCUUUUAUUUUAUUUUUAAGGGUGAUUGUAAUAUACCUUGUGGAAGCAAUUCGAAUUGUAUAGAGUGUAAUCUGAGUGCAACUAAAAAUCAUGAAGAGGAAAUGCGACAAGUAUUUGAAGCUGUAAGAAUUCAGCCAUAUUUUUGUAUUGCAUUUGCAACAAGUGGUUACCUCUCUUCAUUUGAGAAACUGUUUCCUACCUUUAGAUAUUCCUCUGAGCCUGCAAAGAAAAAAGCAAGAAAUAAUUAUUAUUUAAGAGAUUAUCUAAGAGCAGUUAAAGAAAAGGCAUUAAAGGAACACUUACCUGACCAAUGCCCAGUCAGCAUUAUAAUUUCUCCUGGUAUAGUCGGUUGUCGGAAGAAUGCUGUACCACUUGAGGUAGAAGAGGGAACAGCCUUGUCUGGCUUAUUAUUUCCUCAAGUUCCAGGAAUGGAAAUUCAUCAUUUUGCUGUUGAUGGACGACGUUAUAAUAUAGAUAAAUUAAUGCCUACAGAUGCUUCUGUGAAAUGCUUAUUGGUUUUUUUAACACAAAGAGGAAGUUCAAUAGCCGUGAAGUUGGUUCAGAGUUGCCUUGAACGAGAGGAUGGGAAAGUAGCUGUUGGUGGCGCUAUUGUAGAUCGAACUGAAUCCCUCACUGGCACUGUCAUAGCUUUUUGUGGACCAAGUGUUAAAGCUGCCUCAGUUAUAUUAACCAAAGAGGAUAAAAAAGAACAAUUUGAACAUAAGUUGAAAAAGUUUCAAGAAACUGAUUUGUUAAACAGUGAAAACAAGUGUUUUGCUUUUAUGUUUGUCUGUGUUGCACGUGGUUUUCAUCUUCAUAAAGAGCAUAAUUUAGAAAGCUCAGUAUUUCAUAAAUUGUAUCCAAAUGUUCCUCUGAUUGGAUUGUUUGGAAAUGGUGAAAUUGGUAUAAAUUACAUUCCAUCCAUGUGUGAAAAUAAUUUAGAUCAACAGAAGUCGGCACGUUAUUUGCAUAGUUAUUCGACUGUGUUUGUGUUAGUUUCAGUAAAAGUGUAAAUUUUUAUGUAAUUCACCAUACAUUUUUCGUUUCUAUUGUAUUACUUUUAAGUAUAUGUUACUUAAAUCAGUGGAUUAUAUCGGUUGUGAAAGAACAUUGGCUUGUGAUACGUGCAAAGUUAUAAAGUGCUUAAAGCAUGUAAAAAGGAGAAUUUAAAUAUGUAUGAUCAUAUCUGAGAUACCUGAAGCAUGCAGGUACUAAAAAAACUUUUUUUGUAAAUAUUUCAUAAAGAAUAUGGUGAUUUCGUAAGUGCAUAUUUUUUAAAAAUACUAGUCCUUUUGCCUGUUAUCUUGUUUAUUACUUUUUAGUAUUCUAAGCCUGUUUGUUAUUUGUACUUAAUGGGGAGGGGGAAGUAAUGCUGUUCAUAGAAUAUUCAAUAAACUAAUAAUUAUAUUGAUAUUGCUAUCUAAUUAAAGCAUUUCUACAAAUUCAGUAUAUGUGGACUGAUUUUCAAGACUGGAGGCACAGGAAAAAAAAAUUCCUAUGGAGAUCUUGUCUGAUUACUUUUGCCAUAAUAGACAUUUGAAGCAAAUCAUGUAAAUUAUUUUAUGAUAUAGUUUUAUUAUUUAGUAUACUUUUUAUAUAAAAGUAUAUUUUACUUUUUUCCAUUUUGUUUUCAUUUUAGUUUAUUAUAUGUUGUAUUCAUACAUUUCUUAUGUGUCCUUUAUUAUUGCAACCAUUGGUUAUAGACGUGUAUUUACAGAUUUUUUUUAAGUUGAUGAAAAUAUUCAUGUUUUGCCAUUUUUAAAUUAAGAAAAGAAAAAAAAAAAAAAAAAAAGCAGUUUUGUAAAAGUUACAAAAUGUACCUUUAUAUAUAUUUUUUUCUGUUGUAUUCAUGAAAACUUUAUUCGUAGUAUAAAAUAUAGAACACCAAAAGUUGACUCCCAUAGAAUAAAAAUUGACAGAGAUA